AUAAUAAAACACGUCAAUAUGUUAAACGAUUUCAAUAGCUGGUAUAAAACUUAGCCUCUUUUUACAAGAACAUAUGUAAGUGUUUUAGUGUUAUUUGGGAUAAUUGGAAAAUUUAAACCAUCAUAUUUGUGGUAUUUAAUGUUCGAUGCUAAUAAAAUAUUUCCGCUAUAAAUACAUAGACUGUUUACUCAUUACUUUUUCAGCGGUACACUAAGUUUUAGUUUCAUCUUUCAUUUGUUGUUUAUAAUCUUUUGUAUUAAAAACUGCGAAAUGAUGUUCGAAGGAUCUAACUAUGCAGAUUUCUAUUAUAUGAUUCUUUACUUUUUUAUAACAGGAGAUAUUAUGUGCUGGCUAUUUGAUUAUGGAUUUUUAUCAGCUGCAUUUUGUUUUGCAUUGAUCUAUGUUUGGUGCAAGAGAAAACCAUUUGAAACAGUGAGAUUUUAUUUUGGAUUUCAAUUCAAAAGUGAAUAUUUUCCAUGGGUUUUGAUUGCUUUUCAUGCAAUAACCGAUCAAGACAUAGUUUAGGACCUUAUCGGUUUAGGAAUAGCCCAUUCAUAUUUAUUAUUAAAGGACUUCCUACCAGUGACUAAUAGCAUUGCCAUUAUUAGAAACACCUUAAUUUUUUAAAAACUUUGUGAAUAAACACAUUGCGAAAUAUGCACCAUUUUUAAAGAAACAGAUUUAAUUAAUAAUAAUUCCAGUAACCUUAAAGGCAACAAUUCUUUUAAGGAUAAGGAAUACGUUUAGGUUGAUAUAUAAAAUAUUUGA